AUGGAUGACGGCUUUGUCACCUCACCCAACUUGGCCGACUUCUUACACUUAGAAGACGAGUCAAUUUUCUAUGAAGAAGAUCUACGUCCACUAUGCGAUGACGCAGCUUUCCGGGAGAGGCUCCAAGAGUUGGAGCAACAGGGUGAUGAUCGCAGCAGCGCUUCGUCCGACGCUUGGAUCAUAAGGUGCACAAUUAAGGAUGAGAUAUCUAGGUCUGGAAAGAUGGCAACACAUGAUGGCAGCGCCAUGCCAACAGGUAUUGCGCUGCCAACAGGUACUAUUGCGGUCGCUCCCGAUGGGACAGUAACCCAGGGUCACAGGCCUGAACACAUGUCGUUGACGCAGUCGAUGCUCAGGGACCUUGUUGGUCUGAAGAAUCUCAGACUGUCCGAGAACCGAGGAGCGGAUGCACACUCUUGCCUUCUUCCAUCCUCAUCGCAAGGCCCUUCCAGCACAAAACCCGCCACAUGCCCAACAUGUGCAUGUCUCCAAGAUGUAUACGGCAAGACCACUCUACAGGAGCUCCAAGAAUCUCGAGACAGAUGCAAAUCCUGCCGGCUUGUUGUCCAGAUCCUCGAAUUCUACAAGUAUGGUCUCGACGGAAAGAACAGGGUCCGGAUAUUUGCACCUCUCACUAAAAACGAAACCUUGCGUAUUUGGUGUCACGGCGACAUUGCGAGGGAAUCCGAGAUACCUUUCAUGAUCGAGGCUUUUGACUUGCCUGGCCAUCGUCCCUUGUACCCAUCCAUCAAGCCUGCAGCGGACAUCUCCGGCGACACUUCCUCCCCAGAGGCGUUUGCCAAAGCUCGUUACUGGCUUCAACACUGUGUCAAUGACCACAAGGGCUGCGCGUCCAAUACCAACGUCCGCCUCCCGACCCGCCUUGUCAGGAUAAGGCGUGACCCUUUCACGCAUUUGACUACCAUCAAACUCGUCGAGACGAACAACUCUUUUGGUCGAUAUGCUUGUCUCAGUCACUGCUGGGGCCCUCAAGGCUCAUCUGGUCUCCUCCGUACGACAUCUGCCAACUACGAGGCCCAUCUAAAUGCAAUCCCGAUACAAUCCUUACCGCGGACGUUCCAACAUGCCCUUCUUACCACUCGUCGUCUUGGACUGGACCUUCUCUGGAUCGACUCGCUAUGUAUUAUUCAGGGCGAUGAGGCCGAUUGGGCUCAAGAAGCCGCGCGCAUGGGGUCAUACUACUCUAACGGAUACAUUACCAUUUCCGCAUCUUGGUCUCCCCGGCCUUCAGGAGGAUGUUUCAGCCUCUCUGAGCCAGAGUUCAUCGGACGCCGACUUCAUGUCCCUGACAGUUUUGGUUCUCUCUCUGUCCGCCGAGUGUUGGACCAUGGGAGUCGCUGGCCACUACUACACAGGGGAUGGGUUUUCCAAGAAAGAAUGUUGUCGCCUCGCGUUCUCCACUUCGGUCUGAGAGAAAUGGUCUGGGAGUGUCUCACCUGCACCGCAUGUGAGUGUGGUAUGAGCGACGCCUUGGACGCAGAAUUGUCGAAUAAAGGCGAAUAUACACGAGCAAUGACCAACACUCAGAGACACAGGUUGAAAGAUGUGUGGAGAGACAUGGUGGAACAAUAUAGCAAACUUGAUCUCACAUUUACAAGCGAUAGGUUUGCAGCUAUCGCUGGCGUCGCAAAGCAGAUGCAGGGAUACCGACAUGCCAACUAUUUUGCAGGACUGUGGGAGGAUUCCAUGAUUGGAGACAUGCUAUGGAGGACCUUUCGACCGCCAGGGAACCAAAUGAAGCCGAGGAACGAAGGAAACAAAGCUCCGACGUGGUCAUGGGCCUCAGCGGAAGCGCCAUGGAUCACCUAUGAGCAUUUGGGGACCCGCCUAGGAGCGAGAGGAAAGGCUGUAUCGUUCGAGAGGAUCGAGGAUACGUAUGCGAAGAUUUUGAGUGUUUCAGGUGAACCACUUGCGGAUGGAAACUUUGGGGACAGCGAAUUCGGUGUUAUUAUCAUUCAAGGAAGUUGCAUUAGGGGACGAGUAAUUCAUCGUCCUUUACAUCAACCUCCUGACCCAGAGACGCUAGCCCGGAGCACUAGUUAUUCUGAGUGGUAUGAGGCAAGGAAGCACGAAUUGAAAGCUGAGAUUGUUCUGGAUGAUGGAUCCGAACCAAGGUUUCACGCCGACUACGGGUUCUUUUCUGCAGGAAGAUAUUACAUCAGUUCGGGGGAUGAGGUUGUGCUUCUGAAGAUGGCACUUGUUGGUGAGAGUGAUGAUGUCCUCUCUCACCCAUCAGUGUUUGGACUUGUAUUGCGUCAGGUUGAUUGGCCAAAGACAUAUGAGAGAGUGGGACUGGUUGAGUUUUCAGCAAGGGAGGGUGCUGAGGCAUUUCAGGAGUCGCAAAGGGUCACUUUACAGAUUGUAUGA